AAAGCAGAACGAAUAUCAGAAUCCGAAUAAUAGUAAUCCAAAAUAACGUUUGAAAUGUUCAUGUUUGUGACUUGGUGUAUCGUGCUAGCUGCGAACGUUGCCACUCACAUUACUGAUCGAUAUAUAUAUAUCCAUCAGUUUUGCCUGUUUCUGAGUAUUGUGUGGAUAUUAUCUGAAGUUGUAGUGAAAGAAUUCCAAGGUUUUUCGACGUCUGCCUUAAUGUGUUGCCGAGCCUCAGCUCAGAGGCUCCCAGAAGCACUGACGCCGUUGGCACCAGAAAAUCUACCGGGAAUCUAGUGUAUUAACAUAUUAGGUGCAUUGCUUGUAUGCGCGUUUAUUAACCGCAAUAUAUUGUGACUAUUUUAAAUUUGCAACCAGUUUGAUUGUGUUUGUGUGUGCUGUCAAUCCCCUGCCCUUUCCUUGUGGCGUAACAAUUGCGACCGCAUUUGGACGAUGAUUUUUACCACAUUGUACACUACUUUCUGUUUUUUUUCCCGAGUAUGUUUUAAAAACAUCCCAAAUCUGUUGCCUCAAUCACAUCACCUUGUAAAACGUACUACGAAAAUUUUAUUAAUGAUGAUCAAGCGCCUCCCAGGCAUUCCCUGAAAAUACUGCACUCUAUUCCACCCUUUGUGAACAAGUAGAUAUAUAUUCUGCUUGUUUUUUUUUGUUUUUAAAUGUGUAUUAAUCUGUCAAUGCAUGCACAUUGCAGGCCAGCAAGCACAGUUAACUUUUGCUUUGUCACUGUGUAUGUUCUUAUUAAAUGUCCUCUUGCUUUUGACUUGGGUGUACUCUGUUUCAGGUGAAGGAACUGAUUCAUAAAGCCCCUGGAGUUGAAAUAUUGUUGCUCCGCGAUGACAUGAUCCAGACCUCUACAUUAAUUCAUUUUGUUUGACUUGCAGCGGAGUAUCCUUUGGAAUUUGAGAACACCCCUCGUUGGAUGGAAAUGGCUUCUGGCUUGAUCAGAAUGCCGAAAACACGAUAUGUGUUUUGAACCCCAGUUUGUCAGUUCGGGGCCACUCUUUGUUCCUGGUCUCUUUAACCGCAUUGUCUAUUAUUUUGAUCUCCAACAGACUAUGACACCAUGUCUCAGCCUUUUUACAACCCGUUUCCGAACCAAAGCAGAAAUCCUGACGAUCAACCGGAGAGACAGUCCCAUCCCCAGUUUUCUCAAGUGGGACCUGGAUCUAGUCACAGUCAUUCCACUGGACUUCCAGUCACUCCUGUUGUUUCUCAAGGAUUAGCUCAUUCAAGGCAGCCUCAAAUGGCAGACUAUAGAAAUGAUGAUAAUCGAGCUGCAUUUCAAGUGGAUGGUACAACGUCCAGUCGGAGGAGUGAGUUGUUUCCCUCACAUAGUGGGAUGUCACAACGCCAUUCAGAUUAUGAUCCAUCAUCUGGAUCAUUUUAUCCUCUAAGUGACCAGGAUCCCAGACUUUCUAGACGUAAUGAACAAGAUCACCAUAUACCUUCUGCGCUCCAGUAUAGACAGUUUGAGUCUCCGGAGCAAGGAGGAUAUGCUCCUUACCAGGUGGGAAGUCGCCCUAAAUUUACUCCUGAGACAGCUGAAAACAUUCUUGAGCGGUUUGGGCUGGAGAAGGAGGACAUGGAGCAACUCAUAACCUUACCUCAAGAUCAAAUUACUAUUGCCAAUUUGCCCAACAUCAUGCGGCAAAUACGUACCGAGAAAGACAAGAGAAGCAUGGGUGCAUAUCAGUCAGACUUUUCUUUUGGUGAACCUCCCGGAAGAAGCUAUUUUGAGGGGCAGAGAGUACCCGGUCGUGACGGUGUGUAUGAGGAAGAAAGACGUCCUUCUCUUCAACCAGUCAGUAAAGUUUUUGACUAUGGACACAAAAGCAAAUUCGAAGGCAUGGGUGAGGACUUUGGGACUGGCGUUCGCAAAGAAAGGGAACCGGAUAAUCGAACUACGAUGGACAGUGUUGAAAGAAGUCCAGCUUCUAAACCUCACGUUGGGAGUCUUCAAGAAGGGCAAAGUUGGAUGCAGCCAAAGCAGCUCUCCCAGAAUGUCUUUAUACCGAGUUCUGUGCCUACAGAUCCAAGAUAUGUCAAAUCAGACUCUUCAACUACUGUACAUUCAGAUGGCCCUCCAACAGCUUCAACACCUGAAAUUCCUUUUCUGUCAUCACACAACGUUGAACCCAAGAAGUUUGGCAUUAUUUACAGUGACAGUAAAAACAAAAGCCUGAGGAGUGAGCAGUUGCGCACUACAGGACAAGACUCUCAAGUUAAGACUGAGCCAAUCGAGAAGCUGCAGUGGAAACAACAUCCUAAAAAUCAGCCAUCUCAACAAAACCAACAGUCACAGAUUUUGCCAGAGCCUCAAUUGCAAGUAAAACAGGAGCCAGCACAGCAGAAUUGGCAAGAGAUGGCACCGCAAUCCAAGCUAAAUCCGCAAGCCACACUUCACCCUAAACACAGAGAGAUGCAGCAACAACAGCCGAUUCAAGAGCAUUUAAGAUUGAAUCUGGGAGCGCAGACCCAAGUCAAACAUCAACAGCAGAAACACCCAAUGGCUCAACAGCAACCAGUGGCUCAGCAGCACAUGCAUCAGACGCAGAUUGGGGCACAGGCAUGGCCAUCCUAUUUUCCUGCACCAAGUCCACAUCAACAAAUUCCCGGAACUAUUCCGAGCCUCUUCAGUCUGGUGCCAUCACAAUUUGUUGCCACUUCCGCUGCUCCUACCCCUCCAGUUGUUGCAGCACAGCUUGGGCUGCUUGAGAAGUCUAAGAUGAGUAUCCCCACAAUGAAAGGUGACUCCGAACGUUUGGCCACGGUUGCCACGAUGAAGGACUUCUCUACUUCCUCACCUGCGUCAUUUCCUCACACAUGCGCUCUGUGUAACAAAGAAUGCACAUCAAUGUCGGAGUGGAUUUCCCAUCAGCAGAGCAGUGCACAUAUUUCAAAAUACAAAAAUCCUAGCAAACGUGAUGCGUCUAAAGAUGUCAAGCCUCCAUCAUCUGGGAAGCAAACCAGGCAGAGUAGAUGGGAGCAGUGUUCCCCUCAAAGGAAAAGAAGCCGUUCUCCAUCAACAAAAAGUUCUGAUCGGUCUUCCAGUGAUGCGUCUAAAGAUGUCAAGCCUCCACCAUCUGGCAAGCAAACCAGUCAGAGUAGAUGGGAGCGGUCUUCCCCUCAAAGGAGAAGAAGAAGCCGUUCUCCAUCAACAAAAAGCUGUGAUCGGUCUACCAGUGAUGCGUCUAGAGAUGUCAAGCCUCCACCCUCUGGCAAGCAAACCAGUCAGAGUAGAUGGGAGCGGUCUUCCCCUCAAAGGAGAAGAAGAAGCCGUUCUCCGUCAACAAACAGCUCUGAUUGGUCUUCCAGGUCCAGAUCCUCUUCUUGGUCGUCUCGUUCCCGCAGCUCUCACUCAAGGGGACGUUCUUCAUCAUACAAACGUCGGGACAGGAGAUCCUCAUCAGACCACCGGCGGGACAGACGGUCGACACCAGACAGACGCAGGGACAGGCGAUUCUCACCAAAGCGUAGCAAAGAAAGACGUUAUUCACCCAGAAGAAGCAGGGACAGAAAGUCCUCUCCGAGAAGAAGCCGUGAGAAGCGGUCAUCACCAAGGAAAAGUGUAGAAAGGUCUUCAUAUUCACACCGUAAGGAAUCUCGACGGAGAAGUCGUGACAGACGAUCUUCAUCAAAAAGUAGAGCUGAAUCAGGAAGAAGCUAUGAUAAAAGAUCAUCUUCUCAUGAGAACAUGGCUGACAGUGCAGAAAGCUUGGUGAAGAAGCUGCUUGAGAAAUCAGGCCAUUCGAUUUCAAAUGAGUCAAACCUAGAUGCUGCUGUUAAAUCUCUGGCUCCAGUCUUGCUGGCUGAAAUGGAAAAAAUGAAGUCUGCCUCUGCUACAAAAGGGAGUUCUUCUGCAGCCUCCUCUUCACGAGCAGAGGAAACGCUGUCUUCAGCAGAAGUGACACUAAAGGGAGUUCAAAGGUGUGACUCUUAUGAUGAUGUGAUGUCAGUCCUGCAGCAGUUUGGAAAAGUGAAAUCCCUUGUUCUGCACCGUCUUAGACAUGAGGCGGCUGUUUCUUUUGACAUGGUGGACAUCAGUGAGCUGCAAGAUGAGAAGCUUCUCAAGACACUGAAUUUUCCAUUCACUGUUAAGGAGAUAAUUCCCAAUAAGCCUGCGAGCGCAUCAAAGAAAGUCCCAAGCAAUCCUAAAACAGAUGCCAAGCCUGAUAAAUCGUCUGCAGCUUCCACUAGCGUUUCACCCUCUGAAAAGAACACAUCUUUGACCGAGGAUGCUUUAAAAACGACACAAGUCGAGGAAAGAAAGAAGCCCACAAGUCUGUGCACUGUACCAACGGCACAGGGUGAGUUUGCUACGCCGUCUGCUAGUGAUUCAGCGGUUGAUGAAAGCAAAAGGAAGAAUACUCGCAUGUCACCGUUGGUUCCCACGAAGUCACAAACCUCCAAGACUGAAGCUGCUGUUAUCAGCGAGCCACCAGCGCUUGAACGAGAAGACACCUCUUCUGGAUCCUGGCAGACACAAUCGUCAUCUGUGGAUCACACGCUAACAAUAGGAGAGCAGAUCGCCGAGCAUUUAUUUCCUCAUGACAUAGAUUGCAACAAAGCGAUUGCUGGCACAGAACAAAAAUUUAUGGAAUUCGGCCAGAAGCAGUUGUUGAUGACAAACCUUCCUGUGUUUCGAAACAACUACAGCGAGAAUGACCUGGCCAACCUUCUAAAGCCGUAUGGAUAUCACCAUGUUGAGGACAGCAUGUAUGUGAUUCCCCAGGCACAGUUGGCCUUUGUCAACAUGCCAACAGUGAGAAGUGCGUGUGAUGUUGUAAAGGCAGCAAAGACCCUCUCCCUUCGACUUUCUCAAAAGAGAUGUAUUCGCCUGUAUGUCUUGAGUAAAUCCAUUGAUUUCACAAAGUUUGGGUUUUAUAAAGCAUUGAUGAAGAUGAUACGUGUUUUUGCGACUGAUGGGUCCAAGAUUAUUCUCAUCAAAAAUAUCGCACCAAAUCAAGCUGAAGCUCUCAGAGAUGCUUUGAGGCGUAUUGGCUGCAUUGAAAACUACCUGCCUCUUCUCAACAAGGCGUACAUUGAAUUUAAGUCCAGUCGUGAUGUGGAUCGCCUUGGAGUUUGGAUCAGCCUCCAAAAACGACCUACUUCCUAUGAAGUGUAUCGACUUAACAUCCCCACCAGCGUCUGCACUGCACUGCCUCCACGGUUUGCUGGAAAGGUUCUUCCGCUUGACAGUAUGGUGCAUCAGGGAGCCACCUUUCCACAAAUGAGCAAGGAUGUUCCAGAGGGUUCUGUUUCGCCCUUUUGGCUGACACUGUCAAAUAAGCCUUUUCUGUUCCCAACCAUGUCCCCUUGGUUCUUCAUUCCAGAUCAUCUGACGAUCACACAACAUGAUGACAUUGAGAAGGCCAAGAGUUGCGGAGCAAAGUCUCCAACCAUCAUGUUCACUGGCUUGCCGCAGGGACCGUAUAUACAGGAGACCAUCGCCAGCCAGUUCUGGCCUUAUUUGUCAGAGCAUUCGCUUCAGUCCCUCUACUACAACGUCAUUGUCCUUCCACUUCAGAGAAGGGCAUUUGUUUAUUUUGAUACCUGGGACAUGUGUUGCAACUUUGCCCGCGACCAUCUGAAAAAUCCUGUAUCUGUAAAGGGCCAUGAGCUUUGUGCCCAUUUUGUCUUGGCGCCCAUGACCGUGGAACGCAGUGAGGAGAAGAUGUACACCUCUAUGAUGAAACUUUGCAACGCCCCUUUUACAGAGCCAGAGACUCUGACCGAGCGAUUGCUCAUUGUAGAGACAGAAUGCAGUGGAGAGCACAUUCAGCUGGUCAUCGAGAUGGCAGCUGCGUUUGGGACUGUUGUCAACUUCCUGCCACUUGCCAACAGGAUCUGUAUUGAGAUGACUGAUUCCAACGGUGUGACUGAAGUCCUGAAUAAAUGGAAAACAUUCUCACAAGGCUCUACAAAGUACCGACAGUUCAUGAGUCGUAUUCAGCGUUUUGAGGACUUGUGUAGCCUGAAGCAGCGUCUGAGUGAUAAAAAGAAUAUAAAGCUUAAAGUUGGAAAAGCCGCCUCACUGGUCGCAGCUGGUGCCUCUGUUCAGCAGUCGAACCGUCCCCCAUCUGAAAGUGCUGAAGACCACACUGUUAGCUUGAAGGCUGAAGGCAGCAGGUUGGAGACUUCUGCCACAACCAUUGAUUCCAAGGUUUCAAAAGAUCCCGCAGAACACAAAGGAGAAGAAAGGCGUGACAGUGUUGAGUGUCUCAACUUGGACGGGUUUGUGACAGUCGACGAAUUCUGUUAUUCAGAUUCCACAAUCACACAGCUGACUGAGAAGAGAGCCAGGGUUAGAGAAAAACAGACUCAGUCAUCCUCAAGUUCGACAAAAGAUUCAAGGACCUCCAGAUCCAGGAUCAGCAGAAGCUCGGAUACUCCGACAAACAAAUCUCCGAAAAGAUCCCCAAAGAAGAGUAUCACUGAGAAAAGAGUGACACAGGAUGAAAGGUCGGGGGAAGAAGAAGUAAUGUAUGAGAUUCUUGAUGAAUUUAAAGCGCAAGACGACUCCGCUGUCCAAGCUGAACCUUUAGAGGAGGAGGACAAACAAAACGGUGAAGAUCAGGUUUCCACAAACCAAACAAGCAAGGAUGCAGUUGAAGAAACUUCCGUUGUGACUGAGCACAACCAAACCUGCAAUGAUGCAGUUGAAGAAACUUCCGUUGUGGCUGAGCAAAACCAAACAAGCAAUGAUGCAGUUGAAGAAACAUCUGUUGUGACUGAGCAAAACCAAACCUGCAAUGAUGCAGUUGAAGGAACCGCUGUUGUGACUGAGCACAACCAAACAAGCAAUGAUGCAGUUGAAGAAACUUCCGUUGUGACUGAGCAGCCGACACCGGCAGAUGAUAAAACUGCAGAACAUCAUGCCACCAAUGACGAGAAAGAACUUGGUGAAGCUACAGACGCAAAGAGUGAUGUGAGAAACAAGAGACCACAUGAUGAUGAGGAAGUGGAUGAGGUGGCCCCUCAAUGCAAAAAGACUUUAACAGAAAAGGUUGGAGAUAGUGGAGCAUAUGACCAACCUAAUGUGGAAGCAGCGACGACUUCCAGUGCUUCAGAUUCCACUCAGGAGAUGGCAGUCAAAGAUGACACACCGCUUGUCACGCGGUCUGGAAGGGGGCGGGCGAGAGGAAGGGGGAGAGGUCGGGGACGCGGACGAGGGAGAGGAAGACCUUCGAAGAAAGUGUCUUUAAGUGAAAGUCCUGUAGAUAUUCAGUCCACCGAGAAUAGUUCACCAACAGAGACUCCGGACUUCACUGAUGCGGAAGUCCCUGAAAACGCUUCAGCGAGUGAGAACAUUCCUACAUCACAGAGUGAGAAUGUGUCACUGGAGCAUGCUAACAAGGAUGUAAGUCAGAGUGCGGAAGAUGAGGCUGGAGAGAGCCCAGCGCCUGCAAAGCCUGGAAGGAAAAGAGGAAGACCGAAGAGAGGGAAGGCGCCGCAGAAAAAAGCCACGUCUCCACAGAUGGAUAAAGACCCAGCAGAUGAUAAAGAAGUGUUUCAGGAGAGCGAAUCUGUUGCAGGUGGCAUGGUUGAAGCAGAAGGCUCCAGUUGCACAAUUCACCUUAGUACUGCGGUGGAUUCAGAUCGAGUUGAAGAAACACUGAUCCCAGAGCUGUCUGUGGAUGGAGAUGGUGAAUCGGAGAACGCAAAAGCAGGUGCCAGCAGCAAGAUGAUGGAUUGCAGUGAGGAGCAAGUUGUAAACACAGAAGAAGCUGCAUCCACUGGCAUUGACCUGGGAGUCAGUGCUGAAAGCUCUGCUCCAGAUGAAGCUGAUUUGUCUGACACACUGGAACAAAAGCCUCCAACAGAUGUUGCGGCUCCCUCAGCCUCAACAGAAACCGAGGAGCAAGUGGAACCAUCAAGCACCCAAGAAGAGCUGACCUCUGUCAGCCUUCUUGAAAUGGAAGAACCCCACACUUCUUAUGAGAAAAUCACUAACUUGGAUGGAAUUAUAGCUCCUGGUUUCCUCAGUGACAUUGGAGUUGGAGAGCCCCUGGACAAGAUGGCUGCCCCGUUCUCACUGGAUGAGUUGAUGUUACUGAGUAUUCCUGAAGGAGUGGCUGCAGAUACCACCACAGCUGUGAGCGACAUCUCUCCAACAUCGUCUUCUGCUGUAAAGGAAGAGGCUCCUGAAGUUACAGAAGGACCAAUGGAUGAGACUGCUGUUGAAGUUUCUCAAGAAGAUCAAGGCUCAGGUCAAGUUGAGAAUGCCGUCUCUCCUGUGACUGCACAGAACAACUCCUCUGCCACUGAUGCUUUGGAGGAGUCCGCUGAUGUCUGUUCUUCAGACAAGACGGGUUCAAUAGUUCCUGUUGAAGAAGAGGCCACCGUAGCUGCUGCGGCCGAACAGAACUCGACUGUUACCCUGGAUGAACUGAGUGCAGGUGCUCUGCAAGAUGAGGCUGCUCAGCAUGACAAGGAGCCGAGUGCUCUGGACAACUUGGAUGAAGUGAGUGAGGAGGAGGGUUUUGGCGAUGACACGGCCGAAGAGAAAUUGAGUACAAAGCACCCGACAGACAAGGAUGAAGUGGUGACUACAAAGAAAGGGAAGAAGACAAAGGCCAAACAAAGCAUCCGGUGCAGCAGCAGAGUAAGGAAGCGCGUGGAGAUGGAGAUAAAUCCGAGUGAGUUGGUGACCCUCGAUGAAGUGGUGGCAGAUGAUGAGGGUGACGUGGGAGAGAAGCUCCUAGAGCUGGUCACACUGGAUGAAAUCACAGAUGAUCCAGCGCCAGAUAGGUCCGGCCAGGAAAACCAGGAUGACAGAGGCGUCGUGGAGUCAGUGGAAUCUCUGAAUCUGAAGCAUGGUGUGACUUCAGCUGACGUCUGCGAGGAUGCAGAGCACGAGUCAGACAACCAAGAAGCCCAAUCCUCUCAACAUGAACUCGAUGAAAAAGAAGAUAUCGAGGGCUUUGUAACUGUGGAUGAGGUGGUGGCCGAGGAGGAGGAACUGGAGGAACAUGUGAAAAAACCUCAAAGAAGAGGUCGACCUCGGAAAAAAAGACAACAAGCGCCUGCCAAGGGGAAGGGAUCGGACCUGGAACAGGAGGAGAGCCAAGAGGAGGAUGUUACAGCGUCACUGGUCGGUAACCAGGCCACAUUAGUGGGCGACGGUGAGCCUGAGGUUCCGGUGCAGGCUGAAGAUCUUGGCAGCGCUGCUGUGCUGGAGCCGGAGCCGCAUGGACCCGACAGCCGAGAGAGCAGUCGAGUGACACGGAAGCGGCAGGGCGACUCUGUUGGACCUGAAGUGAAGCGGUCCCGCUCCGAGUCACCACCUCCUCCACCUGCAGAUUUUCAACUUCCACCAUUUGUACCCAACAACCCUCUCGGUCUGGAGUUUGUCGUCCCUAAAUCUGGAUUUUUCUGUAAUCUCUGCUCCACUUUCUACGUGAGUGAAAGCUCAGCCAAGGAGGUCCACUGCAGCAGCCAGGGUCACUACAACAACCUGCAGAAAUACUAUGAGAAGCGUCAACAGAAACAGCCCAGCGCAUCGACCGAGAGUUCACAGGAGACUUUGUCCGAGUGACUCUAACUUUAGUUUGUUUUGGAGCGACUCCUCAUGUUUGAUCCUUCCUGCUCAUGAUUUGGAUACUUGAUCAUCUCACAGUCAAGAAAAAUGAGUUUCCUUGUUUUGCUACAGGAGCAGGUUUUAUUUAGAACGGCUGAUGGUGGCUGCACUCAAAGACCUUUAAAGUGACUAAACUUUGGAGUCAAGUAUUUCCUUCCUCAAGAGCCUGUGUAAAAUAAAUGUAGAUGUAUUUCAUCCGUUCUGAUGUUUGUUUAACUCUUUUUAUGGGAACGUUAAGCAUAUGUUUUCGAUAAAGGUUACAAUACAUAGUGUUACGGGUCUUUAUUAUUUUUCUUUCUCAAUCGUGUUGUGACAAAUUUAGUAUUGAGGAGCUUCCUCUCUUUUUCAUGAAUAAACAUCUUACUGCAGCACCAGUAUAUUCCACUCAUUAUUAUCAUCAUAUUACUGCUAUCGAGAUAGUUCACUUCUACUUCCACUUGUUUCUUACAAGAACAUGUUUUAUUACGACUUUGACUUGACUUAACGUGCCACUAUUUCUCAUUGUUUUAAACAUGUUUUCUUCUUCAUAAACCUGUUAGUUCCAUUCAUCUCUGUCAUCACAAGACC